AUGCGAUCUUUCCUAUCUACUGCUGUGCCUUUGGUACUUGCUGCUUUUUCUGCAACUGUAGCUAACGCAGCUAUCGUUGAGCACUGGUGGAACAUCACUUAUACCACUGCCAAUCCUGAUGGCCUCAAGGAGCGUCGCGUCAUUGGUGUCAAUGGUACCUGGCCACCACCGGUCGUUGAGGUCACUAUCAAUGAUACUUUGCGGAUCCACACACACAACGGCUUGGAUGAACCUACUGCUCUCCAUGCUCACGGCAUGUUUCAAAAUGGCACCGGCUGGAUGGACGGUCCUUCUAUGGUUACUCAAUGUCCAAUUCCUGCAGGAGGGGAUCUCACUUACGAAUUUAACAUUACCCAAACCGGCUCUUACUGGAUCCACGGUCAUUACAUGGGUCAAUACAUGGAUGGUCUCCGAACUCCAUUUAUUUUGCAUAACAGCCCUGAAGCCUACGAUUAUGAUGAAGAUAUCGUGGUCCCAUUAUAUGAUUGGUACCAUGAUCAAAGUGCAGAUAAUCUUGAUGUCUUUUUGAACCAGUAUAAUCCUACUGGCGCAGAACCUGUGCCCCAAUCGGGUGUGAUUAUGGACAGUGCUGAUGCAAGCUUUAACUUUGUUCCUGGAAAAACCUAUCGUCUUCGUCUCAUCAAUAUGUCUGGCUUCUCCAUGUUCUACGUUAGUAUUGAUGGCCACGAUCUUGAUGUCAUUGAAAUUGAUGGGGUGGACACUGUACGAAAAACACAAAAGAGUGUCUAUGUCACUGCUGCCCAACGUGUCUCCGUUCUCGUCACUGCAAAGAACUCGACCGAUACCAAUUACUAUUUCCGUGCUGAUAUGGAUACCGAUAUGUUUGACGUCCUCCCAGAAGAUCUUGAAUACAACAUUGCCGCCCCUGUAUACUACGACCAAAGCCAUAGCAACUUUUCUUCAAGCGAUGAUCUUGGCAUGGCCUCUGAGUUUGAUGAUCUUCUAAUGAACACCCUUGUCCCUGCCGCUGCUGUCGAACCCGAUCACCAGGUGAACCUUACCAUUGAUUUCCAAGUCACCACCGACGGUAUCAACCGCGGUAUGUUCAACGAGGUCCCGUACUUGGCUCCAAAGACUCCUUCGCUGAACACCAUGCUAUUCCAGGGUAACCAUUCUCUCGAGAAAAGCGUUUAUGGCCCUCAGUCACAGGCAAUUAUUUUAAACCACUUGGAUAUGGUUGAAAUUGUCCUUAAUAACCUAGAUGCAGGUGCUCAUCCUUUCCAUUUGCAUGGUCACGUUUUCCAACUUGUUGCACGUGGCGACGGUGUAUUUGAUGGUGAUCGCUCCAAGGUCGAUUGGGUUUUGGAUAACCCCCUUCAACGUGAUACAGUUCAAGUUCCUGCAGAGAGCUAUACAAUCAUCCGUUUCCGUGCCGACAACCCUGGCGCUUGGUUUUUCCACUGUCACAUUGAAUGGCAUUUGGAGUCUGGUUUGGCUGCCGUCAUGAUUGAAGCACCCGAUGUAGCCCAGCAACGAUUGACCCUUCCACAGGCAUUCCAAGAUAUGUGUGAAGCUGGCGGUUACUCUACCACUGGAAACGGCGCUGGCAAGGACGGCUUGGAUCUUUCCGGUGCUCCUAAUGGUAUCUACCUUAUUUAUGAUGGGUUUACUGCCAAAGGCAAGGGUGCUAUGGCAGCAUGUAUUAUUGCUGCUCUUAUUGGUAUCGGCACCAUUAUUUGGUACGCCAUAGCCGACCCAGAAAAGAAGGCUCGUGAAAUCCGAGAAGCCAAGGGCCAAUAA